AUGGAGCCUCGUCUUUCCUUUCUCUGCCUUCCUCAGUUUGGUUUCUGUUCACAGGGGCUGCACCUGCUUUCUCCCCGCGGCAGCCCCCGAAUCCGGUUGAAUGUCGGUUCCCUGAUAUCUUCCUUUACUCCGUUUACUCCCUCGGCUCUGUCUCUCCUCCCUGCCCCGCUUCUGGAAUUUUGUCCCUCUAAUCUGGACCUUUUUUCUGCUCCCCAGGCUUGGCCUUCAUUCCGUCUCCACCUUCUGGUCCUUGCUCUGCCACCUCUUGGCUCCUUCUCCUUGGGCUUAGCCCUGCCCUCUUGGCCUCAUCUUGUUUCCUGGGUCCAGCUGUACCCUUAG